CCCUUCAACGAUGGUGAGAGAAGCAUUGGAAUUGAAUGGAUAUAUGCUGCCGAUUUGGAUUGCUUAAUUCUACACUCCAUCUUCCCCCUCUAUCGAUUCUCAGCAGGCCUCCUUAUCGAUUUCCAUCCUUCCCAACUUGCCCUCCUAAACUCGCUAAAUUUUCGCAUCUGCCACUCCUCCGCCGGAACCCCAUUAUUUAUACCAGAACCAGACUCCUGUGUACCUCUUCCCAAUCUUCUUCUUCAACGGCAAUGGAAGCGCCUCCCGAAGGUUAUAGAAGGAACGUCGGCAUCUGCCUCAUCAAUGAUUCGAAAAAGAUUUUUGCUGCUUCGAGGUUGGAUAUUCCCAGUGCGUGGCAAAUGCCGCAGGGCGGCAUUGAUGAGGCUGAAGAUCCAAGAAGUGCAGCCGUCAGGGAAUUGAGAGAAGAGACAGGAGUUAAAUCAGCAGAAAUUCUUGCAGAGGCACCUUAUUGGUUAACUUAUGAUUUCCCACCAGAAGUUAGGGAAAAACUCCGGCAUCAGUGGGGAUCAGAUUGGAAAGGCCAAGCACAGAAAUGGUUUCUUCUGAAGUUCACCGGGAAGGAUGACGAAAUCAAUCUUUUAGGUGAUGGAAGUGAAAAACCUGAGUUUGGGGAGUGGUCAUGGAUGCCACCUGAACAAGUAGUUGAUCAUGCUGUGGAUUUUAAGAAGCCUGUUUACAAGGAAGUUCUUGCAUCUUUUGCACCCUAUUUUCAAUAGCCUUUGUCUUGAAACCAGGAUUUGCAGAAUGCAUUAUUGAAAGUUUUCUGUGACUUGGCCACCCAGUCCUUUUCAUCUGAUGCUCACUGUGUUCAAUUUUCGGGAAAUUUUUAGCCCAGCGUUGCCUUCCUCAUAAUCAACUUCCCUAAAGAGGCAAGAUCCAACGGCUCAUAUGCGAGCAGAUCAACGAACUCGACAUCAAUAGGAUGCACAAUUUUCACCACCUUGCCAGGAUCAACCCCACUUUAUACAAAACGACACACGAGACUCGGUAGGAACCCAAACACAAUCUGAUUACAGCACUUCACGUUCUCCGAGUUCACUCCAUUGGUUUCAAACCUGAUCCGCCCGAUGACGGACCUGAACUUUUGGUAAGCAGCUUGUGGGCAAGGCAGUGUUUUGAACAAUAGUUGGUUCCAUGUGCCGGGCUCAUUGCUUCAUACUACGUUGUGUUGUAAAGCUCAACUACCAAUUUCCUGAUAGGCUGAUACCCCUCCCAGAAUUCCAACGAUUCCUGAUCACCAUGCCGCGCGAUAACCAUUUGAAAGUUGGGGUUUUUCAGGGUUCGAUUGGGUUGUUAGUUUUCGUGUGAAUCCAUGGUAGCUGAUACAACCCUUACUCUACUUUUUACUCAAUGUAUCAGUAGGUAGUACAUUUCAUUGCAAUAUCAACUUUUACAACAA